CAAAUCCACAUGAAAAUGCCAAAAAGGAAGAAGCAGGGAAGGGGGUGGGAUUAGCGUGCAGAGCAGAUGCAGCCGACAGGGAAGCUAGUUAGUCUCGCAGCGGAAGUAGCAGUAACAGUAACAGUAACAUUAGCAGUAGUAGUAGUGGUAGUAGUAGAUGGUGACCGUCAUGCCGGUCAAGAUGGAGAGGACCGGGGAGGGGUGAACAGCAGUAGAUUGAAGGCACUUAGGCAUAGCAUCGGGCAUGGAUGGGGAGGGGGAAGCAAUAAUAGUCGGAGACGAGUAUAAGCUUGUCUGGUCAGUCGGUGUAGCCAAGUUGGAUACUUACGUUCUUACAAAGAGUAGAAUAGAAUGAAUGAAUGAAUG